CCCCGCCCCGCCCCGCCCGCCAGGCCAGGCCGGCCGCCUGGGCGCAGCAUGUGCGGGCGCGCUGCAGUAGGCUGUGAGGGGUGCUGAAGAUGUCAGAUAGCCUGGAUAUUGAAGAGAAACCUCCGGCCCCUCCUUUGAGAAUGAACAGCAACAACCGUGAUUCUUCGACACUCAACCACAGCUCCAAACCUCUUCCCAUGGCACCCGAAGAGAAGAACAAGAAGGCUCGGCUGCGCUCCAUCUUUCCAGGAGGAGGGGAUAAAACCAAUAAGAAGAAAGAGAAAGAACGCCCUGAAAUCUCUCUUCCUUCAGACUUUGAACAUACGAUCCAUGUGGGGUUUGACGCUGUUACUGGAGAAUUCACAGGAAUUCCAGAGCAGUGGGCCAGGCUAUUACAGACGUCAAACAUAACGAAACUGGAGCAGAAGAAGAACCCACAAGCCGUUCUGGAUGUCCUCAAAUUCUACGAUUCCAAAGAGACAGCAAACAACCAGAAAUAUAUGAGCUUCACAUCAGGAGAUAAGAGCGCCCACGGAUACAUAGCAGCCCAUCCUUCGAGCACAAAAACAGCGUCAGAACCCCCUCUAGCUCCCCCUGUUUCGGAAGAAGAGGAUGAGGAAGAUGAAGAGGAGGAGGAUGAUAAUGAACCACCGCCUGUAAUUGCCCCACGUCCAGAACAUACAAAAUCAAUUUAUACACGCUCUGUAAUUGAACCUGUCGCAGCUCCAGCUCCAGCGAAAGAACCGACCACUCCUCAGCCUGAGAACUCCAACACAAACACUUUGUACCGGAACACAGACCGGCAGCGGAAAAAAUCCAAGAUGACGGAUGAGGAGAUCCUAGAGAAACUGCGAAGCAUUGUGAGUGUGGGAGACCCUAAGAAGAAAUAUACACGGUUUGAGAAAAUCGGCCAGGGGGCUUCGGGUACAGUUUAUACAGCGAUAGACAUUGCCACAGGCCAAGAGGUGGCCAUAAAACAAAUGAAUCUUCAGCAGCAGCCCAAAAAGGAAUUAAUAAUUAAUGAAAUCCUGGUCAUGAGGGAAAAUAAGAACCCCAACAUUGUGAACUAUUUAGACAGUUACCUUGUAGGUGAUGAACUUUGGGUAGUAAUGGAAUACUUGGCUGGGGGCUCUUUGACGGAUGUCGUUACAGAAACCUGUAUGGAUGAAGGGCAGAUAGCUGCUGUCUGUAGGGAGUGCCUGCAAGCACUGGAUUUCUUGCAUUCAAACCAAGUGAUCCAUAGAGACAUCAAGAGCGACAACAUUCUUCUCGGGAUGGACGGAUCUGUCAAACUCACUGACUUUGGCUUCUGUGCUCAAAUCACUCCUGAACAGAGUAAACGGAGUACGAUGGUGGGGACUCCUUACUGGAUGGCGCCUGAAGUGGUGACAAGGAAGGCAUACGGCCCCAAGGUGGACAUCUGGUCUUUAGGGAUCAUGGCAAUAGAAAUGGUGGAAGGAGAGCCUCCGUACCUUAAUGAAAAUCCUCUCAGGGCCUUGUAUUUGAUAGCUACAAAUGGGACACCAGAACUCCAGAAUCCUGAGAGACUCUCGGCUGUUUUCCGAGACUUUCUGAAUCGCUGUCUGGAAAUGGAUGUUGACAGGCGAGGGUCUGCCAAGGAACUGUUGCAGCAUCCGUUUUUAAAAUUGGCCAAGCCGCUCUCCAGCCUGACUCCGUUGAUCAUUGCUGCAAAGGAGGCUAUAAAGAACAGUAGUCGCUAGCCCUUGGAGUAGCACAGGCCCGCUCCUUCACAGCAGGACUAAUCAAGAACUCUGCAGAACCUCAGACUUCGCUGCUGCAGGACGGGCAGGCGGGCAAGCUGCGUGGUCGGAGUCAAAGCGGGAGGGAGGCAGCUGUCCUCCAGCCUCCCCGGAACAGAAACCUAUCACGUGUCUUCUUCCCACUUUCAGAUUCCUUAAUUUAUUUCUAAGGCAUUCGGGAGCUUGAUAGAGGCAGGACCACAGGCCACUUUGCUCUUUCAGCCAUUUCCAGGGGAACCGACGGCGCCACAUGAAUGCUGCGCGCGCUCAUCGGGACAGGAGUGGUAACCAAACCAGCUCUUUUUUCCUUGUCUUUUCUGUUCAGCUGUGGAAUGGAAGCAAGGAGGUCCUUUUGCAUUCAGUCUCCUGGGCAGAAUCAAAACUAUUUGCUAACUGCCAUUCACUGGUCAUUAGAGGAGAAGGAACACAGGGGAAAAUGUGUUUUAUUUAACCAAAAAAAAAAAAACACCCAAGAAGCAGAUCAAUCACAGCAUCCUCUGAAGUUUAUGCAUUGAAAUGCAGAAUCCAGGUACCAUUGCAUUCCUGGGCAGGCUGGCACGGAUAUUAUGAAUAUUGGUGCUUUUGUGUUGGUGAGUUUUUCCCUCCCGAAAACAAAAUGGACAUUGUAAUGUGCAGACUGCUUGGUUCUAGCUGGGCGUAUAGAAGGUGGUGGUGGGAGAGCCAGUCCUUCCAGGUACUCAUCCGUUUCUGUGCAGUGUUGGGCCAGUGCUGUUGGGGUUGUAGGCAUGGCUGGAACUGUUCCCUAGAUGGUUGGAAUGGGGACUCGUUGCUCCCAGUUGGAGUCACGUCCGCAGCCCUAAACCCACCUCCCCACUGAUUUCAAGAUAGCAAAACCAAGAACAUGCAUUAUCAUCAGAGGCCGUGCGAGUCUUUGAUGUUGCCCAGCUGGAGGAAGUGCAUCUCCUCCGACCUUAUGGCCCUUGUUGGGUUCUGGAGGAGAUACACAGCGAGCCCCCAAGGUCACAGGGAUGCUGUCGACUGAAGUGGUCCUUCUGGACCGCAAACUGGAAACUCCGCCUCAGUUAAGUCAAAUGAAUGCGGGUCGUUGGGGUUUGGUCCUCUGAGCCCUGCUGACUGUGUAGCAAGAGCUUGCGAAGGAAAUGACUGGCUUGGCCAGGGGAACAGAUGGCUAGAGGAGGGAGGUGCUUCUGCAACGGAAUAUGGUUGAGGGGUGCCCCCCCCCGGUCCUGCUGUAACUAGAAAGCAAAAGCUGAACUGCCCCUCUUGCUGAGGCCUAGAAAUGACUGUGAAUAUCUGUACGAUUAAACAAUUUGUGUUGAUGUUUCUUUCAGCCUGAGUCGAGCUGACCGCACUGUCUUUUGUUCAGCAAAAACGGGGCUGGUUUGGACUCCUGAUUCCUCGGGUUGCCAGCAUUGCUUUUCCUAGCCAGCUUUUAACAGCCACUUAGUUUGCAGGCAUGAGCAGGUGAUCCUGUGUCUUUUUGAGCCAUGACAAACUGUCACCUGCUCGCUUUUCGCAGCACCUGACUG